AUGCUGACAAGAGUUUUAUUGCUGGUAAUAUCUUUUUUUAUCUAUCUAUCUAUCUAUCUAUCUAUCUAUCUAUCUAUCUCAGUUUCCUCUCGGUACCUCAAAUUUCAUUGUUUACUCUUGGUACAUAACCGUCACGGACGCUCGUGUUUUUCUAUCACUCCUUCCUCCUCCAGCGGCCUAUCUAUUCUCUCUUUUAUUUCUAAUCCACAUUUUUCUUCGUUUGAACUCCUUCACGCAUCUCUUCGUUUCCCAAGCGCAUUGACCCCUCUACCAGCCCUUCCCGAUAGCCCUAUUCCUAUCAGCAAGACCCCCUUCCUGUACCGCGACCAGGGCAGCUCAAUCACCGUCUGUUUAUCUAUCUAUCUAUCUAUCUAUAUUAAUCUAUCUAUCUAUCUAUCUAUCUAUCUAAGCCUGUUCGUCAUCUAUUUUACUACCAGAUCACCUAUCUAUUUGAAGCAGCACAUCUAUCUCGAAUCGAUCGUCUUCUAUCAUGAUUGUUACUUACCCACACACCCUUAUCUAUCUAUCUAUCUAUCUAUCUAUCUAUCUAUCUAUCUAUCUAUCUAUCUAUCUAUCUCAUUAUGUUGCUAUAUCUAUCUAUAUACCUAUCUAUUUAAUAAUGUUGCUAUAUCUAUAUAUCUAUCUAUCUACAUGAAACCAAAUUCCUUUCUAUCUAUCUAUCUAUCUAUCUAUAGGGGGGGCGAGGCAAAAUUUGCAACAAAUGUUUUACUUGUUUUUCUCAUGAAGCAGUUCAACUAA